UUUCCUCUGGUCAAGGUUGCACCGGCAGUGAGAAUCGCAGUAGGACGCGACCGGAGCUCCGUUGACGCGCAGACAGCAGCAGAGCUUUUGGUCCCCGACGCUCAGCUGGAACUUCUCCACCUCUGCGUUCGCAUCCCGCCGUGGAAUCUCUCCCCCGCCAGAGAGCAGCCAUGGAUGAGAUGGAGGAAGAGUUGAAAUGCCCCGUGUGCGGCUCUUUUUUCCGGGAGCCCAUCAUACUGCCGUGCUCCCACAACAUAUGCCUGGCGUGUGCCCGGAAUAUCCUCGUGCAGACCCCCGACGCGGAGUCCCCGCGGAGCAGCCGAGCCUCCGGCUCCGGCGUCUCCGACUAUGAUUAUCUGGAUUUGGACAAAAUGAGUUUGUACAGCGAGGCGGACAGUGGGUACGGGUCCUAUGGGGGCUUCGUCAGCGCUCCCACCACCCCGUGUCAGAAAUCACCAAACGGAGUGCGGGUUUUCCCCCCUGCCGCCCCGCCGCCCGCUCCGCAACAGCACCUGCUGCCGCAGCAGCCCGCCUCUCUGCCCCCGAUCCCCCGCAACUCCUGCAUCACCUGCCCGCAGUGUCACCGCAGCCUCAUCCUGGACGAGCGGGGGCUUCGCGGAUUCGCUAAGAACCGGGUGCUGGAGGGGGUCGUGGACAGGUAUCAGCAGAGCAAAGCGGCCGCUCUCAAGUGCCAGCUCUGCGAGAAGAGCCCCAAGGAGGCCACCGUGAUGUGCGAGCAGUGCGACGUCUUCUACUGCGACCCGUGCCGCCUGCGGUGCCAUCCUCCCCGUGGUCCCCUCGCCAAGCAUCGCCUGGUGCCGCCAGCGCAAGGGCGGAUAAGUCGCCGAGCGAGUCCACGCAAGACCUCCACUUGCACGGAGCACGAGCUGGAGAAUCUAAGCAUGUACUGUGUGCAGUGUAAGAUGCCUGUGUGUUAUCAGUGUUUGGAGGAGGGCAAACACGGCACACACGAAGUCAAAGCUUUGGGCGCAAUGUGGAAACUGCACAAGGGUCAACUGUCUCAAGCCCUCAACGGCCUGUCAGACCGAGCCACUGAGGCCAAAGAGUUCCUGAUUCAGCUGAGAAACAUGGUGCAACACAUCCAGCCUGUGCCUGUUGCGUUGCAGGAGAACGGAGUGGAGUUUGAGGCCUGUUUGGUGGCGCAGUGCGACGCCCUCAUCGACGCCCUGAACCGACGCAAGGCCCAGCUGCUGGCUCGAGUAAACAAGGAGCACGAGCACAAGCUGAAGGUGGUUCGGGAUCAGAUCUCCCACUGUACGGUGAAGCUGCGUCAGACCACGGGGCUGAUGGAGUACUGUCUGGAGGUCAUCAAGGAGAAUGACCCCAGUGGUUUCCUGCAGAUCUCCGACGCUUUGAUCCGGAGGGUCCACGUGACGGAGGGCCAGUGGGGGAAGGGGACCCUCACCCCCCGGAUGAACAGCGACUUUGACCUCACUCUGGACAGCGGACCCCUCCUGCAAACCAUCCACCAGCUGGACUUUGUCCAGAUGAAAGUCCCAGCUGCUCCCAUGCUCCAGCUGGAGGAAUGCUGCACCCAGAACAACAGCGCCACAUUGUCAUGGAAACAGCCGCCGCUCACCACCAUCGCCGUGGAGGGAUACAUCCUGGAGCUGGACGAUGGAAACAACGGGCCUUUCAGGGAAGUGUACGUGGGGACGGAGACCAUAUGCACAGUGGAUGGGCUCCACUUCAACAGCACGUACAAGUCCAGAGUGAAGGCCUUCAAUGGCAGCGGAGUGGGCCAGUACAGCAAGACACUGAUCAUGCAGACCUCGGAGACUGGACUCCCUCCAUGUGAUAUUCAGUCUAUAGGCACAGUCGCUUGGUUCACCUUUGACCCGGCAUCCGCUCACCAGGACAUCAUCCUCUCCAACGACAAUCUGACCGUGUCCUGCAACAGCUACGACGACAGAGUGGUUAUGGGUAACUCGGCUUUCUCCCGCGGCGUCCAUUACUGGGAAAUGACCAUCGAUCGCUAUGACAACCACCCGGACCCGGCCUUCGGAAUCGCUAGGGGCGACGUGCUGAAGGACGUGAUGCUGGGGAAGGACGACAAGGCCUGGGCCAUGUACGUGGACAACAACCGCUCCUGGUUCAUGCACAACAACUCGCACACCAACAGUCUUUUCCCCGUGUGCAGGACGGAUGGCGGCAUCGGUAAAGGAGCUACAAUCGGAAUUCUGCUGGAUUUCACACGCGGGAUCCUCAUCUUCCUUAUCAACGAUGAGCAGCAGGGUCCAGUGGCUUUUGAAGCCUUGGAGGGCGUCUAUUACCCCGCUAUCAGCCUCAACCGAAAUGUCCAGAUCACACUGCACACUGGUCUACCCAUCCCUGAUUUCUACACUGCUGGGGAGGCAGAUCCCACUGGCUCUGUGUGCUAGAGGCUGAGGAAACCCUCCCCAGGAUUACCCAGGGUUCCUGCUGCCUGUCAAUAACUAUGAUCCAACCAUCACACUCCUCUCCCCAACUCCCCUCUUGUCCCCCUGACCGUCCGACCCCAUCACUCUGUAAGACGCCCCCUCCAGUGCUGAGCCAUGCCUUUAAGAUGCCUAAACCUUGGACACUUGGACCACUUGCACAACAAAAUGAGCCCUGCUUUAGGAUCUGUAACUUGCAUUUCAAUGUUUUACAGAUAAUUCAAAGGGUUGAAAUCCUCCUCAUAGUACUGGAUGUAUGUCCAGAGUUAAUAUCUACUUAAACCUAUAGUUUGAAGUUUCAGAAAUGACACAAAUGAGAGUUGGAUGAGAAUAUUGACAACGCUGGGUGAGCAAAAUGUGAAGCAACCGUCAGUCAGUUAGCUUAGCAUGAAGACGGGGGACAGGGGGAAGCAGUGAGUUCAAAGUUCAAGGCUGUGUAGAAACUAUAUGUUGUGGCUUUAAGGGAACAAACAACCGUCACGUAACAGCCAAUAAAACCAUAAGGCCCUAUUUUUACAUUUAGAUUUUUAACAAACUAAAUAUAAUGUGUUCAUUUGUAAGCUUUAGAAAUGCUGGUAGAUGGCUUUUAUUAAGCCAGGCUAGCUGUUCCUGUCGGUUUCUAGUCAUUUAGCAGAGCUAAGCUGCCUGUGAGCUGUAGCUCCAUGUUUAACAUACAGCAAGAAAGAAAAAAGCACAUUUCUCUUGUGAAUGAGUUGAGCUGGACAAAGAAGCCCCCAUCACACGAUCAACAUGCAUCUUAUUCUUCUUUUUAUUUCAUCACAAUUUCCUGUAUGUUUCUUAUGCUGCCGUCAACCGUGAACAUUUAAAACAGCAGAGAGACCGUGAGACGUCGUCCUGCCCGCGUCCGUGCGAUUGUGAGAGAGGCGGAUGGGUGGAGAUGAUGGGUGGAGAUGAUGGGUCAAGGCUGCUCACUGUCGCGUCCUCAUCCGUGUACGUGAGUCGCUUCUCUUAUUGGCUGAGCUCGUGUGAUCCUUCAGCAUCAUCUGUGGAAAAAAAAGAAACACGCAGCCUUUCUCUAAAGACUGGAUCACAAAAGGGGCGAUUCUGUGCGUUAAAGUGUGUUGUAAAUGGUUUGAGGAUGAUGACUGUGAAGCUCUUUGAAUGAGGUGCUAGAGCAGCUUCGCUUCAUUCUAGCUUUUUUACUGUGGGUGACUGAAUCCUUGUAGUUUUGUAAGUUAUUUAAAUGAUCUAUUGCAAAGAGGUGUAUAGCUAAGUAAGUUAUUGGCGUUUAGACUUUUUCCAAUGAGAAGUCAUCCUUGUUCUUUUAUUUGAUGUAUAGUUAUUACAGAAGGAAAUACUUUUUUUUGUUUGCUUUAACAAUGUAGUUUGAGUUUGUUCUGAGACCAGUUUUUGUCCCACUAAAGCAACAGGAAGGGGAUGAUGUACUGGGAUGAUGUACUGGGACGAUACAAUUGAGCGACAGCCUCCUCAACAGGCAACAACUUAGCAAUGCAGGCAGCUCUGUGACGCUGUCCUUUGGCACAGCCGUGCUUUGAGCAAAGUGCUCACAUAAUGAUGCUUUACAAUCAGAAUGUUUACUUGUUUUCCUCAUUUUAGUUGAGCAUGUUAAUAUGCUAACAUUUGCCAAUUUGCAUUGCACACAUAAAACAGCCUGGUCUGUUGGGAUUGUCUUGAGUUUUGCAAGUAUUUAAGUGUUUAAAUGAAAUGAAAUGUAUCCCCAGAGUUCUUACAAUGCAACCUGUGAGGGACAUGAGUGAGUAAACCCAAUGGCAGGGCCGUCCAACCUACAGAUAGGAGACAUUUCACUCAAAACCACAAUGUGACCAUCACAUUGGCACAAGAGUAACAGUCGGGGGAUCACCAACGCCAUUAUGAUUCAUCCUCUGUGGAGCACGAUUGUCAGUACAUCUUUUGACACCAUAGUAAAGGCCUGUAGGAUUCAUCUUCUAGGAGCAAUGAUAGUCACCACAAAGCAUCCCGUCAUUUCAUUAAGUGAAACCAAAAAUGCUUGAGUCUUGGUGACGCUGGAGAAGAAAUUAGAAAAUCCAUCCUCUGGGGAACCAUGAAUGUCGUUUUUGAGAUAUUUAUGACUGGAUCAAAGUGGUGGACCGACCCAUCAACAUGGAAAGAGUAACUGAAGUCAAAAUGUUGAGAGGUUUCUUUGAGGGAACUGUCGCCCUCCAAGAAGCCCUGAAACUUUUCCCAGUGCAUCGUCUCCCUGGGAAGAACCGUACGAGCACAUAAGGGGCUGUUCUGUGUGAGCUUCAUGGAUGUGCCUUUUCCCCUCUUUGGUCCCAACAAGAGUCAUGAAACUUUGCUACAAACUAGAUCCAUCGCUUGAGCAGAGGCGACUGUAACAUCUGUGAGGCCUGACUUCACUUGCUGCUACGUGUUUUUUCUAACGGCGAAAGGGAAAACUCAACAAUAAACACGUUUAUAAUGGAUAUAAUUACCACAGUAACAGGAGGAUUAGUCAGGUGUCUUUCUUAACUUUGUGAAUCCUCUGUGAUUUUAUUUCCUCUGCAUUAAUAGUGAUUGUAAAUAAUCCAUUAUUGAUGUAUGGCUGCACACAGUAAACUAUAUAUUUUUCAGUAUGAUAUGGGCAUGUGUUCUGACAGUAAGAAACCAAACUACUUCAGCCUUCAACCAAGUUACCCGGCCUUUGCUGAAGGCUGAAUUCAAGCUUUGGUUUAUGCAAUAUUUAAUUGGUGGUUUUUGAAGGCAGGCCUUUUGUUCCGGUCCUCAUUAUAAUAACAAACUACAAAAGCAGCCCAGUGAGCAGAAGCUCAAUGAACUGCAGCCAUUAUCACAGCAUUACACAACCUCAGAUUCCAGGUCAAAUAAACAAAAUGGGUUUUAUUCAUCCAAACAAUAUCCAGUAGGAGAUGACACACACGUCUGUUACUUUUCAACAAACAAAUAUAUUCUCGCUGAACAUUUUUUUGGUUGAAUAAGUAGUUUUAUCCUUUGACAUGUAAUUGUAUGUUUGAUGGGGAUGAUUUUACAAAGUAUGUGAUUGUAACAUUUAUUAUUUCUAAACCAGCCAAAUACACUUUAUAGAUAUUAAACUUGGAUAAUUUAAAGUCCAUCAUACGGCCUCAGACUUUUAUGAAUUAAUUAAGUACACACAGUCGCUGGGCGACACUGGGUGUUAUAUAUCCAAAUGUACAUAAAUAAAUGUGUGCGUGUGCGUGUGUGUGUGUGUUACCUGCAUUUUACAUUUUACCUCCAAAUUCUUUUUGACCUGUUUGAUCUUUGAGGUGAAACGUCAUCUUCUGCUGUUAUUAUUUACAAUGAUGGUGAAAUAUGUCUCUGAAGAAAAUUAUGAACAUGAAAUGAACAUUGUUAUAACUUUGAUUUUAACACAGUAGGAUUAUUAUGGUUGUCAGGAUUAUACGUCCAUCAUUACCACAUUACUGCUAUUAUUAUGAAGAAAUGAAGUGUAAAAUGAGCCUCUGUGUUUUUUUGUAUGUGUGAAUAUUCAAUAAAUAGGUGUCAACAAGGUC